GUCUGGCUCUCUGAGGGUGUGUGUGUACCAGUGUGUGUGUACCAGUGUGUGUGUGUGUGUACACAGGCAUUGUUCUCAAGCUCAGUGCUUCUGCAGCCAAGGUCAUAGGAGCCUGGUCACAUGCACAGUGUGUGAGUGAGGCAGCGAGAUAGCGAGGUAGCGAGGCAGCGAGGCAGCGAGCGAGCGAGUGAGUGAGUGUGAAGAGUAGCGUCUCUCUCGGUGUGGAAAGCAGGGGGUGGGAACCUCAUCAAUUCAUCCAUCCAUGUACGGUGUGUGUGGAUGCUGUGGGGCUUUAAGACCUCGCUAUAAGAGGCUGGUGGACAACAUCUUUCCAGAGGACCCAGAGGAUGGUCUCGUGAAGGUUAACAUGGAGAAGCUAACGUUCUAUGCUCUGUCAGCUCCAGAGAAGCUGGACCGUAUCGGAGCCUACCUCUCCGAGAGACUGUCCAGAGACGUGGCCCGACACAGAUACGGAUAUGUGUGUAUAGCCAUGGAGGCAUUGGACCAGCUGUUGAUGGCUUGCCACUGUCAGAGCAUCAACCUGUUUGUGGAGAGUUUCCUCACUAUGGUCCGCAAGCUGCUGGAGGCUGACAAACCCAACCUACAGAUACUAGGAACCAACUCAUUUGUGAAGUUUGCCAACAUCGAGGAGGACACUCCGUCGUACCACCGCAGUUACGACUUCUUCGUGUCGCGUUUCAGCGAGAUGUGUCACUCCAGCUACGAAGAUCCCGAUGUACGCACCAAGAUCCGUAUGGCAGGUAUCCGUGGUCUCCAGGGUGUGGUAAGGAAGACAGUGAGGGAUGAGCUGCAGGCUAACAUAUGGGAGCGUCAACACAUGGACAAGAUAGUCCCCUCUCUACUGUUCAACCUGCAGGACCCCACAGACAGUGGUUCCCCUGGCUGUGAGAAGGAGAGUCCAGCUGAGCUGACUGAGAGAUGCUUCAGAGAGCUGCUGGGUAGAGCUGCCUACGGGAACAUUAAGAACGCUAUCAAACCUGUACUAAUGCACCUGGAUAACCAUUCUCUGUGGGAGGGGAAGAGCUUUGCUGUCCGCUGCUUCAAGAUCAUCAUGUACUCUAUCCAGUCACAGCAUUCUCACCUGGUUAUUCAGCAGCUGCUGGGUCAUCUAGAUGCUAACAGUAAGAGUUCAGCCACAGUGCGUGCUGGGAUAGUGGAGGUCCUGUCUGAGGCUGCUGUCAUUGAGGCCAGUGGCUCUGUGGGCCCAACAGUGCUGGAAGUAUUUAACACCCUGUUGAAACAGUUGAGACUGAGUGUGGACUAUGAACUGACUGGAAGCUGUGACCCGUAUUCCAACAACAUGACAACUACUGACCAGGAGAGACAACUACAGGAGGCUGUCAUCAAGACCAUCGGAUCCUUUGCCAACACGUUGCCUAUCUACCAGAGAGCAGAGGUUAUGCUGUUCAUCAUGGGGAAGAUCCCUGUUCCUGGGAUAUACCCUGCUCUGGGCUCACCUAUCGCUGGGUUUGAAGGCAGUAGGAUGAUCCAAGUCAUGCUGUUGAAGUCUUUGCUGCAGGUGACAGAGCGGUAUGAGAGUAGUAACAUGUUAGCAGCUCUGCCAUCGUCCUUCUUGGAGCCUCUCCUCUCCUUCACUCUGAUGGAAGAUCCUGAGAUCCGGCUGCUGGUACUCUCCAUACUCAUCAGCCUCAUAGACAGACACCAGAACACACACAAGUUCACCUUCCUCAGCAUCCUUUCAGAUAUCUCAGUCCUCAAACUGAAGGUGGACAAGUGUUCCAGACAGGACAACCUCUUCAUGAAGAAGCACGGCCAGCGUCUGUACAGACACAUCUUCCUGACUUGUUCAGAAGAGAACAGUGGACGGAGCCACUACCAGGCUCUCUACACCCUAUUGGCUCUCCUCAGCGUGGAACUGGCCAAUGAGGAAGUGGUGGUGGACCUGAUACGCCUGGCCCUCGCACUGCAGGACCUGGCCUUGGCCAAUGAUGAGAGACUAUCUCUGUAUAAUCGCUGUGCUGUCCACGCUCUCUCUGCUGCCUACCUCAGCCUUAUCUCUCAACUCACCACCGUCCCUGCAUUCUGCCAGCACAUCCAAGAAGUAAUAGAGCUGAGACAGAAGGAGGUACCCUACCUGCUGCCUGAAGACAUCUUUAUUGAAAACCCCAGAGUUCCAGAGUCUCUAGAGCGAGUGGAGGGAGAGGUUUUGUUCCAGCAGUUUCAGAUCGCUGAGGUGCUGGGAGGAAGUGGCUACAACAUAGACAUCCUGAACACACCGUUCACACCCCAGAUCACAGAUGAGGAUCGCCUGUCGAAGAGGAAAAGUAUAGGAGACACCAUCUCUCUUCAGAUGGACAUGGACCCACGAUAUAGCCCAGAGAGAGAACAGAAGUCUCCAGCAGAGCAGAUCACCUUUGAGACUCUGAAGAAUGCCAUCGUGGAUAGUGUGAAUGGUGAAGAGCAGGAGAGGGAGAAGAGGAGACUGGUGGUAGAGAGGUUUCAGACCGCCCCCUUCGAGGAGAUCGCCGCCCACUGUGGGGCCAAGUCUUCCCUGCUACAGAGUAAACUGGACCAGAUCUUUGAGCUGACAAUCAGGCCGCCUCCCAGUCCCUCUGGCUCCGCCUCCCAAGGCCAGACCCCCACCCGCUCUGUUCCUGUCUACGAGAUGAAGUUCCCAGACCUCUGUGUCUACUAGACACACACACACACACACACACACACACACACACACACACACACACACACACACACACACACACACACACACACACACACACACACCCUGACCUUUGUGUCUACUAGAGACACACACACACCGGUCUGGAUCCUGGUCUGUCCUGGUAUGUUCCCCACUGUUGUCUCUUUCUAUUGGGGACAAUCUGCAGAAUCCCUGUUGUCUCUUUCUAUUGGGGACAAUCUGUGGAAUCCCUGCUGUCUCUCUAUUGGGGACAAUCUGUGGAAUCCCUGCUGUCUCUCUCUAGAGGGGACAAUCUGCAGAAUUCCUGCUGUCCCUCUCUAUUGGGGACAAUAUAUGGAAUUGCUGCUGUCUCUCUCUAGUGGGGACAAUCUGUGGAAUCCCUGCUGUCUCUCUCUAGUGGGGACAAUCUGUGGAAUCCCUGCUGUCCCUCUCUAUUGGGGACAAUAUAUGGAAUCGCUGCUGUCUCUCUCUAGUGGGGACAAUCUGUGGAAUCCCUGCUGUCUCUCUCUAGAGGGGACAAUCUGCAGAAUUACUGCUGUCCCUCUCUAGUGGGGACAAUCUGUGGAAUCCCUGCUGUCUCUCUCUAGUGGGGACAAUCUGUGGAAUCCCUGCUGUCUCUCUCUAGAGGGGACAAUCUGUGGAAUCCCUGCUGUCCCUCUCUAUUGGGGACAAUAUAUGGAAUUGCUGCUGUCUCUCUCUAGUGGGGACAAUCUGUGGAAUCCCUGCUGUCUCUCUCUAGUGGGGACAAUCUGUGGAAUCCCUGCUGUCUCUCUCUAGUGGGGACAAUCUGUGGAAUCCCUGCUGUCUCUCUCUAGAGGGGACAAUCUGCAGAAUUACUGCUGUCCCUCUCUAUUAGGGACAAUAUGCAGAAUUACUGCUGUCCCUCUCUAUUAGGGACAAUCUGCAGAAUUACUGCUGUCCCUCUCUAUUAGGGACAAUCUGCAGAAUCCCUGCUGUCCCUCUCUAGUGGGGACAAUAUGCAGAAUUACUGCUGUCCCUCUCUAUUAGGGACAAUAUGCAGAAUUACUGCUGUCCCUCUCUAUUAGGGACAAUCUGCAGAAUUACUGCUGUCCCUCUCUAUUAGGGACAAUCUGCAGAAUUACUGCUGUCCCUCUCUAUUAGGGACAAUAUGCAGAAUUACUGCUGUCCCUCUCUAUUAGGGACAAUCUGCAGAAUUACUGCUGUCCCUCUCUAUUAGGGACAAUCUGCAGAAUUACUGCUGUCCCUCUCUAUUAGGGACAAUAUGCAGAAUCCUCUCCAUUGAAAUACCAUCGGAAUACCCCAACCAUCAUUGCAUGUAUAUCGAUGUUGUUGUGUGUUUGUAUACAGCAAUAACUCCAUAUAGUUCAGCAAUAAUGUGACAUCAUAAGAGUAUACAGAAAGUCUGUAUGUGUAUGUGUGUGCGUACAUAUGUUGUACAUUCACGUGUGUUACUACUGAAUGUGAACCAGUGACUAAAGUGAAUGUUAUUGGGUGUUUGACACUGUGAUUCAUCCAUGUACUGAGGAGUGUACCACCAAGCAGGACCACACCGUCAGCCAGAUAACUUAAGUUACUAAGAAUAUAUAUUGUUUAAAUUUAUACAAUUUCACUUUUAAGUCAGUCUUCUGUAUGAACCACAGAAAGUUGUUCCGGCUGAUUCUUUGAUUCUGCUUUGUGACAUCAUACCCCCCUGAACUACCACUGUGUACUAAUAUCAAUCAAACAACAGUGUCCGUAUCUAAUCUAUAUUAUACUCUACUCUAUUCAAUUCAAUUCUGCUCUGGUGUACUCUACCCGAAUCUACUCUGCUCUGGUGUACUCUACCCGAAUCUACUCUGCUCUGGUGUACUCUACCCGAAUCUACUCUGCUCUGGUGUACUCUACCCGAAUCUACUCUGCUCUGGUGUACUCUACCCGAAUCUACUCUGCUCUGGUGUACUCUAUUCUACUCUACUCUAUUCUACUCUACUCUACUCUACUCUACCCUACCCUACUCUACUAUGUUCUACUCUACUCUACUCUACUCUAUUCUACUCUCCUCUGUUCUGUUCUACUCUAUUCUACUCUCCUCUGUUCUACUCUAUUCUACUCUACUCUGUUCUAAUAUA